AUGCAGACGCUCUCCCGAUCGGCGACGCUCGCCUCCAAGACCCACCUCUGCGGCGCCAAGUCGACGAAGACGUCCGCGCAUCGCCCUCGCGCGGUCGCGGUGACGGCGGAGCAAAAGCAGGCGGUGUGCGUGCUCACGGGCACCGCGGGGGUGUCGGGCGUGCUCAAGCUGAGCCAGAGCGGCGACGCGCCGACGAAGGUCGUCGGCUCCAUCACCGGACUCGCGCCGGGCAAGCACGGCCUGCACAUUCACGAGUUCGGCGAUACGACGAACGGGUGCAUGUCCACGGGACCGCACUUUAACCCGAACAAGAUGGAUCACGGCGCGCCGACGGACGCGACGCGACACGCGGGCGACCUCGGCAACGUCGAGGCCACCGCGGGCGGGUGCGACUUCGUCAUCGAGGACUCGCAGAUUCCGCUGAGCGGGGCGAACUCGAUCAUCGGACGCGCGUUCGUGAUUCACGAGCUCGAGGACGAUCUCGGCAAGGGCGAUAGCUCUGAGAUCGGCACCCAGGGCAAGACGUCGAAGACGACGGGCAACGCCGGAGCGCGCUUGGCGUGCGGCGUCCUCGCGUUGGCGCCCUCCGCGUGA